AUGAACCUGACCAGUGCUGCUGUCAAUGUACACUUGAUCGAGUGCCUCGUCACUAAGUGGAACGUUCCUCCAAGUUCACUGGCUAUUCUGACUUAUUACACUGCACAGCUCCGUGUUUAUAGACGCACAAUCUCGAAGCUAGCCAGUGAUUAUCCUCAGUUUGCUUUCUCUGAAGUCGCUGUUCAUACUACGGAUAGCAUCAAAGGUGGCUCUGCAGAUAUUACAUUCUGUGAUUCUGUCCGUACCCAAAAUACAGGAUUCACCAACAACCCCGGCAGAAACUGUGUUGCACUCACUCGAGCACGUUCUUUUGGGAUCGUCACUGCAAAUACACAGCAAUUAAACUCUGGUGGUAGAAACGCUCCAGUAAUUUGCAAGGCUUUCGACAUCGCUCAUAAAGCAAAGGCUUGUGUCAACAUUACCAAGGUUAUGGAUGCAAGCUACUCAAAUCUGCUUGGGCAUCGCCAUGUUCACGCUGUUGGGGGUGCACAUAGGUCACGUGAAUAUGGUUGCGCAAAGGAUGGCAUGAACAGUUUCCAUUCAUAG